AUGCGCGGUAUUCAGAUGUUUUGCCAGGAAAAUUGGCCUGCUCGGAAUCCUGCUUUCGACGGCAGCAAGGGCCUUUACUGCUGUGGCGAGAAACUGCUUCGAGGAGAGAUGACUAGAGAUGUGACUGUGCAAAAUUUUGAGCGUUUCGACGCAGCUGGUAGACCACUAACUGAGAAACUGCGGAUUAAAGUGCAGGAGGUGGGCACGGUGAGUCUCGCCGGAAUCGGCCAAUCCUUGCAGAAAGUGCCCCAGGAGAGCAUCCAGGCGAUCGACAUCAUCCUUCGUCACUGCGGCAUGACCAAGUUCGUGCAGGUUGGCCGCAGCUUCUUCUACAAGCCAAUUGAGGUGCAGAGUCUUGGCGGCUGCAUGGACCUGUGGCACGGCAUCUUCCAAAGCGCCAUGUUUGGCACUGGGAAUAAGCUUUUUCUCAAUGUAGAUGUGGCCCACAAGGGUUUUCCGCGGGACCAGACGGUGCGAGACCUGGUUGCCGACCUGGGAACCAAACCACUAAUACGUGACCGGCCUGCGCCGCCACAUUUCAAUCCUGAGAAUCAAUACAAGUUUGGCGUUAACACGGAUCUAGAUGACAAGAUUCGCAACUACCUCAAAGGUUUAAAAAUUAAAUAUGAGAUCCCCAAUGAUAAGACGUCGAGAAGGGUUUACCGGGUCAACGACCUGGUUGAAUCACCACCAAACAAAAUAUUUGUGCUUGAUGGCCAAGGGGAAAUCAGCGUGUAUGACUACUAUGCCAAAAUGAAAAACUACAAGAUCCGCUUCCCUGACUGGCCCUGCCUGCACGCAGGACCCAGAGACAAGACCAUCUUUUUGCCCAUGGAGCUGUGCAAAGUGGCGCCAAACCAAGUCACAGUCAAAAAGCUGAAUGAGGAGCAGACAAGGAUGAUGGUCAGUAAGGCUGUUACCAAACCGGACGUCCGUAAAAAGAACAUCUUCAAAGCUCUAGGAAACCUGGGAUUGAACAACGACCGGUGUUUGGGUGAAUUCAACAUCAGUGUGGGCACGCAGAUGACACAGGUGCGCGGAAGGGUGCUUCCUCCGCCCUCCCUGGCGUACAGAUCAGAUCAAGAUAUCAAGGUGAUGAACGGCGCGUGGCGAAUUGACAGGGUGAGGUUCCUCACCACUGGCCGCGCUGUCGAGUCCUGGGAUUUUAUCAUCGUGUGCGACAGUAAAAGCACCUCUGAUAGAGACCUCAACACAUUCAAGAAUCAUAUGGUGUCCGUUGGCAACAAUCUUGGAAUGCCUUUCAGCAGAGAAUCUAGAGAUAUGUGGACCGCAGUGCCCAACUUGAAACUCCUGGCCCAAUUCUUGGAGAGCCAAGCCAGAUACCUUAGAGGAGGUCCGUUGGACAUUGUCUUUGUCGUCUUACCUAAAAGCUUUGAUGGACUAAACGCAUACCGUGAGCAUCUAAUACAUGGCUCAUUCUAUUACUCCACCAUCACCAACAUCCUGCUGAAAGUCAACGCUAAGCUAAACGGCAAGAACCACCGCAUCCACAUGAGCUGCAGGCCAUCCUGCUUCAAUGAAAAUGUGAUGAUUAUGGGAGCCGACGUCACGCACCCGCCUCCAGAUUCCCAGUCCUGUCCCUCUUUUGCAGCCGUGACUGCUAGCCACGACAGGGAGGACUUGUUCAAGUUCAACAUGCAGUGUAGGCUGCAGCCUCCAAAGGUGGAGGAGAUUCAAGACCUGGAGAACAUCACCCUGGAACACCUCCGAUACUUUGCGGACAAGAAUAGCGGAAAAUACCCAAGCCGCAUCAUUUUCUACAGGGACGGCGUCAGCGAUGGACAGUUUGACAUGGUGCUUUCAUCUGAACUUGUGGCCAUGAAGAAGGCGUUCAGGACCAUUGGAGAGUCGUACAAACCUAAAAUCACCUUGCUGGUCGUGCAGAAGAGACACCACACAAGGUUCUUCCCAAACCAAGGAGAUGGAGACAGGAAUGGAAAUGUGCCUGCUGGCUUUGUGGUCGACAACACGAUCACUCACCCAACAGACAUGGACUUUUACCUCGUAAGCCACCAGAGCAUCCAGGGUACGUCUCGCCCGACCAAGUACAAGGUGCUUUACGACGACCCCAAAAUGACCGAGGACGAGCUGGAGAAGCUGACAUUUUUCCUGUGCCACCUGUACGCUAGAUGCAACCGCAGCAUCUCCUACCCUGCACCCACCUACUACGCCCACCACGCAGCCACGCGCGCCAAACUCUACUUCAACGAAGGAAAGUCGACGAUCGACGUGAACGAUGAGGCGGCUUUGAGACAUGAGAACAUGAAGGUGGGCCACGCAAUGGAAAAUAUGAUGAAAUCUCACCCAAUGUUCUUCGUUUAGUCAUCACCAAGUGGUCACUGCAAUUGUCAGAGUAUUUUUGGACCCUACUUAUUUAAUGGAAUUUUCAUAUUGCCUUUGAAGUCGUGGCAGGGCCCGCCAUAUCGUCUGCUCUCGCAAACUUUUAGAUUUCAUGUUUAAAGUUUUUUAUUCUAAACUAUUCAAAUUCGUAAUGUGAUAAUUUCAGAACUGAUUUAAUGUCAAAAAGUCUUUAUGAAGGAUUGAUUCUGUUUAAAAUCGUUUAAAUAUUAUGUUUUUUUGCAUUUCUGAAAUUUUUUUAUUUAAUUCUACUUGGUAAUAUUAUGCGAAUGACAUGCGGUUAAAUUUCUGAUGAGAUAUUAAAUAUAUUAGUUGUUGCUUCUUGUAGCGAAAUAAUAGAAAUUGAAGAAAUUAUUUACUUAACUAUACUGCCAUUUUUCAUUUUAAAGUUUCAUUAACCCAAAAGAGGAAAAUAGAGGAUGAAAAGAGCAUGGUUAAAUAACUACCCACAUUCGCAAACUUCUCAGUUGAAAUUCAUGUAAAUUUGUUAACUUUUAAGGAGGAGUUUUAAUAACGGCCAAAAUAUAUUAAAUUUAAAUAUAGUUUGCGCAGUAAUCAAAUCAGGACCAAGAACAAGUGAAGUGUAAGAUUAUGCCUAAAUUCUUAGAAAAUUAAACGAUUGAUUGGCAAUGAUUAUGCUUUAAAAAUUUGGAAGUCGAAUUUGCUUGUAUCUGCUUAUUAACCGCGAUUCCUGUCCCGAAAAAAAUAACUUACUCCCGGUCCGAUUCUCAUAUGAACGCUUCGUACUUCUGCUCGGGGUCCAAAAAAGAUUUAUAAUAUGUCUAAUUAUGUAAUUGUAACCUUUCUGUAUUGAUAUAACCAAUAAAAGUGCUGCCCAUCUGGCUGCCCACUGAGGGUAUCCCCGGGCGGGCACCCAAUGGUUUCCUUUUGGCUACCUUUUACCUAGGGCUGUCAUUUUGCGCUAUACUGAAAUUUAACUUUUUUAAUGAACAGAGUCAAUUGACCUGCCACCUGACAGCCCUAGAUAAAAGGUGGUCAAAAGGUAACCAUUGGCUGCCCACUGGUGGUAACCUCAGCCGGGCACCCGAUGGUUAGCUUUCGGUCAAC